GCGCGCCCAUCAUAAAACUCAAAAACCCUAAAAAAAUACCCCACCAACAAAAAUGCCUUUUCCCUCUUUCUUAUCCGUUCCAAUUCAGACACUUCCACAGUCCCAUUCCCAAAUCUUUCCAAAUUUGUAAGGUUGCUCUCGAAAUCCAUUUUCAUGGAAGAUCAGAAGGUUAUAGAUCUGGUGAAAGAACUCGUUACUCGCUUACUUUCGCAAUCGCAAAACCCUAACUCUAACCCUAACAAUUCAGCUUCUGCAAAUUCUAAUUCGUCUUCAAUCGAUCCAAACCACUUUAAUCAGUCUCUUCGUUAUGCAAUUCGUAUCCUGUCGAGUCGUAUGACACCUUCAAUUGCUUCUGACGAAGCUUCAAUGGCGGAGUCUAUCAAGCGUCAACUCGUCUUUCAAGGUAAAUCUUCUGAAGCCCUGACUUUUGCAGAUCUUUAUUCAAAAUUUUCUUUAAAAACUGGACCGGGAAGUAUAAAUAAUAAAUGGGCAGUUCUUUAUAUGCUAAGAGUUAUCUCAGAAGAUCGUAAAUUUUCUAAAAAACAACCGAAUCUGGUUAUAUCUAAGGGUUUGCCGGCUAUCUUUGAUUCCCAAUUGAAUGAUAAUUCUAGGGUUUGUUGUGAUAAGGAAAAUAAGGGUUGGAGUGGUGGGGUUUUGAUGGUAUCAAAAGAUCCUGAUAAUCUGCGUGAUAUUGCGUUUAGGGAGUUUGCUAAUCUAUUGAAGGAAGAAAAUGAGGUUUCUGAAGAGGUUUUAGUGCGGGAUGUGUUGUAUGCUUGUCAAGGAAUUGAUGGAACUUAUGUUAAGUUCGAUGAGAAUGUAGAUGGUUAUGCCUUGUCUGAUUCUGUUAAGGUGCCUAGAGCUACUAGGAUCAUGGUUCAGAAGUUAUGUGAGUUGGGCUGGUUGUUUAGGAGAGUUAAAAUGUACAUUUCGAAGAGCAUGGAUCAUUUUCCUGCUGAAGAUGUUGGAACUGUGGGACAAGCAUUCUGUGCGGCAUUGCAGGAUGAGCUUACUGAGUAUUAUAAGCUAUUAGCGGUGCUCGAAGCUCAAGCAAUGAAUCCAAUACCCCUAGUUUCUGAAAAAGCAAGUUCAAAGAAUUAUCUCUCGUUGCGGAGACUUUCAGUUUGGUUUGCAGAACCUAUUGUGAAGAUGAGGCUGAUGGCUGUUUUGGUUGAUAUUUGUAAAGUUUUGAGAGGUGGAGCGAUGGCUGGAGCUAUUCAUAUGCACGCUCAACAUGGAGACCCUUUAGUGCAUGAUUUUAUGAAACGUUUGUUGCGUCGUGUUUGUUCACCCUUGUUUGAAAUGGUUAGAAGUUGGGUCUUGGAAGGAGAGCUUGAAGAUAUAUUUGCUGAAUUUUUUAUUGUUGGGCAGCCUGUCAAGGCUGAAUCCCUUUGGAGAGAGGGUUAUCGGCUCCAAGCGGGGAUGCUUCCUUCUUUCAUCUCCCCAUCUCUUGCGCAACACAUUUUAAGGACAGGGAAGUCGAUUAAUUUUCUUAGGGUAUGUUGCGAGGACCGAGGUUGGGCUGAUGCUGCAACUGAGGCUGCAGAAGCUGCUGGAACAACUACAGUGAGAGGUGGUCUUGGGUAUGGAGAAACUGAUGCUCUUGAAUUGCUUGUUUCUGAGGCAGCUAAGAGAAUUGAUAAGCACUUACUGGACGUUAUUUACAAUCGAUACAGAUUUAAAGAUCAUUGUUUGGCAAUCAAACGGUAUUUGUUGCUUGGACAGGGUGACUUUGUACAGUACCUGAUGGACAUAGUUGGGCCAGAACUCUCUGAGCCUGCUAACACUAUUAGCACCUUUAAGCUGGCAGGUCUUUUGGAAACUGCUAUCAGAUCUUCAAAUGCACAGUACGAUGAUCGUGACAUAUUGGACAGAUUGAAGGUCAAGAUGAUGCCACAUAAUCCCGGAGAUAGGGGCUGGGAUGUGUUCUCGCUGGAAUAUGAUGCCAGAGUUCCUUUAGAUACUGUUUUCACAGAAUCUGUUAUGUCAAGGUAUCUAAGAAUAUUCAAUUUCUUGUGGAAGCUUAGACGAGUUGAGCAUGCGUUGAUAAGAACUUGGAAGACUAUGAAGCCAAAUUGUAUCACUUCUCGUUCCUUUAUCAAACUGCAACAAACAGUUAAGGUGAAAUUACUUUCAACAUUGCGGAAGUGCCAAGUUCUGUGGGAUGAGAUGAAUCAUUUUGUUUCAAAUUUACAAUACUACAUCAUGUUUGAAGUCUUGGAGGUAUCAUGGUCUAAUUUCUCUAAUGAAAUGGAGGCUGCAAAAGAUCUAGAUGACCUGCUUGUUGCUCAUGAAAAGUACCUCUAUUCUAUUGUUGAGAAGUCUCUUCUUGGAGAGAGAUCACAGAGUUUAUACGAGACUCUAUUUGUUCUAUUUGACCUGAUAUUGCGAUUCCGUAGUCUUGCAGACAGAUUAUAUGAAGGCAUGUAUGAAGUGCAAGCAAGGUCUGCUGAUGAUAAGAGGAAACUGUCAAGACAAUUAAGUAACAUAUCCUCAGAUCCUGGCUCAUGGGUUUCGGAAGGCAGGAAGGCCUUAACUCAACACGCUGCUAAAUUUCUUAGCAGUAUGAGUCAUGAGCUCGACGAUGUUGGAAAGAAAUAUUCAUCCCUACUGAAAGGAUUCAUCUCUGAGCUGCCGGUGCAGCAACACAUUGACCUGAAAUUUCUCCUAUUCCGGCUUGAUUUCACUGAAUUCUAUAGCCAGUCACAUUCCAACGUCUGAUAUUCAUAUCGAAUAUAAUGUUCGAGUUCUUCAGGGAGUGUUUUUGAAUUUGAAGAUUAUCGUAUCAGUCGAGUGCUCCUAUUCGUUGAUUAACGUUUGCUUUCCUGGUGCACAAGAUGGAUCAGCUGUGAAGCCUCUAUGUGAUGCAAAUUAUUCAGGGCUAAGCCGUUUAGGCACGCUUCACCAUACUGUCUGAGGUUUGUUCUUUGACUUCAUACUUCAGGGUAUGUCAUCAAUUCAUCUUUCAGUCUGUAUAUUUGCUGGAAAUUUGGGUUGCACAAAUAGGGGGAAUUGACAGUAUAUUGUUGAUAGUACUUGAUAUUUUGUGUAAUAUAGUGAAGUAUGUGAUACCAGUACCACGAGAUUUUUCGACAUUUAUGUUGACAUCAAAUUUUCGACACUUUAAGUCAUGUUUUGGGCGGGGGAGGCUGACCUUUAGUCACAGUUAUGGGCUUACUGCUUCACCUUUUACAACUUGGGUAGUGUUUUUGGCCGAAAAGGUACUCAAGUACUCAACAAAGCCAAACCGAUAGAUGUUAGUGAUUUUGGUUAGCUAUGUAUUGCAUACGAUAUUUAAGCAGUUUGCAUAUCUGUAAAGGUUUUGUUUAUCCAUUUUCUUGUUGCGUUA